CCUCCACAGGACUGACCCUUGGCCCCAGUUGGGACAACUGUGACCGUUCACUGUGAGCCGCCUGUGUGGAGGUACAAGUUGCUGGAGUCUCUUGGAAUCAUUCAGGAAAAUCUGUCUGGGGAGAAUUUGCUCUUUUUUUUAAACUCCCUCUCGACCUUCCCCCUCCCCUUCUCCCCCCUCCCGACUCACCGACCCACCGACCCAUGUGAAUCCCUGGCCGGACACACAAGGACAGCUUGUUCUGAGGAGGAAGUCAGAUUUAGCCUUUUCCAAAUUGUGGGGGCGUUCCAUUUUGCAUUUGGAGUCUCCUACGGAAGAGAGAGAGCGAGAGGGGGAAGAACAGGGCUCAUCUGACAGGGACAGAUAUGUCUGCAGGCGAGCAGUUUAAUUAUCAGGAGAACAUCACCAAGGAGACCAGAAGAGCACAGCAGAUUAGUUAAAGGGAACAUUACAGCUGAGAUUCGAUUGAGCCUCUGUGUAGCUGUGAAAUUUGAAGAGACUGGAUGCAUCACACAGCAGAACAGUUUGGAGUGCGCAGUGCGCGAGAAGCUUUCCCGAUCGACAGCCUGAGCCGAGCUGGGGGAGGGUGGAACCCAGGCCCCCAGCGACCAUGGCCCCCGAGCAGCAGAUGCUCCGCCAAUGUUGGUCAGAACCAGUAUAACUCAUAUCCCAGCCACAUGACCAGUGUCGGACACUCUGGAAAGCCGUACUGUCCCUCUGGGUCUCCCCGGCCGCUGCAUGGUAAGCUGGAUGGGAUCCACAGCUGCGUGCAGGCCCUCCUGCACGAUCAGCCGCAGCCCCGAGUCUGGGAGCAGCUGGGUCAGAUCUACGAGUCUGAGCACGAGCUGGAUGACGCCAUCAAGUGCUACCAGAAUGCGGCACGGUACACCAGCGGCUACGGCUACAGUGACCUCAUGGCCAGAAUUAACCACCUGCAGCAGGCCCAUGUCUGGAAGUUCCACUCCAGUCCCCCCCAGAGGACCCUUGGUGCUGAUAUUAAACAUCAAACGUGCUUUUUUUUUGGAUGUCUUCCAUCACUUCCUCCCUUGCUCGUCCCUUUUAUCCGCUCCCCCCCACCCCCGCCUUCUGCACCUCCCUCUGUUCCUUGCUCCCUCCAUCAGAAGAGAAAUUUCAAUUCAACCCGAAAUGGCUGUCAGUUGAAAAGAGCAGCAGGACCUGGCGAACACUGUUCCCAGCCUCCCACCCCCUCUCAUCACCAAGUGACCCGACCUUCCCACGGCAGCGAAAUCCCAAACCCGGUCAAACGGAGGCGGAGUGGGAGCCCAGAGCAGAUACAGAACCACCAGGGGCAUCAUUCAGGAGCACAGCAAGUGAGCGACCCAGCUCAUCCCAGUUUACCUUCCAAUGGCCAGUACCCGGCACAGAAAGCGAGUCCCUCGUGGCCCCAAACGCACAAAGAUUCCUGGACAUACGGGAGGAAGGAGCUCAGUCUCAGUCUUCAGGAACAGAGGAGGUCAUCCUCCGGCACCCCCCCUCACAGCAGCACCUCCUCGUCUUCCUCGUCUUCCUCGUCCACCUCCCACAGCAAUCCCAACAUCCGUCCUGUCACCGUGGCGACGGGCCCACCACCCGCACAACAACAGUCUCUCUCCCAGCAGCCGUGCACAAGGGGCGAGGUGAAGGAGACGGCGUUGCUGAGGCGGAAGGCAGACAGUGGGCAGUCUCCCAGCAAACUGGGAGGCACUGAGCACUGGAAGCCGCAGCAAAGUUCAGGCCCCACCACGCUUCCCCACAGUUUCCAGAAUCCACAAGGCAGUUCCCUGGGCCCAACAGGGCAGCUGGACCGAGUGUCCCAGAGUCACCGGGAGAGUGUGCAUCGCCCAGAUGCCCCAGCCAUUGCUACAAGUGCCCCUGUGUCACCCAGCGUCCCACAUUGUACCCCUUAUGGCAGCAGCUCCCCUAAAGGGGCAUGGUGCAGCCCCCAGCAGGGCUCACUGGAGCCCGGGGAGAGCUGCCAGGAUACAGAGCCCUGCGGCUGGGCUUCACCCACCGGCUUGGCCCAGUCUGGAUCAGAGGGGCAGUCACCUUGCCAGGCAAUGCCUGCCAGGGAGGAGGAGCGAGGGCACGUGGCGACAGUUCAGAGUUCUACCCCAGACCCUCCAACCGCCUCGGAGCCGAGCUCCAGGGCAGAGCUGAGACCCGCUGCCAGCCCCUGGGAGGGUGAGGGCAUCGGGGGUUCAGCCUGCUCCGGCCGCGAGGCCCCACCUCCAGCCGUGCCCCCCCUCCAUCGGGAGGCCGGUUGGACCCCCCAGCCCCGCAUGCCCCCCCUCUCUGGGCCCCACCGCACCCGCACGGAUGAAAGCCAGGGCCCAGAGCAGGGGGGGCUACCCGUUGAGGCCCACCCCGUGGUGCCCACCCGAGGCUUCGCCUCUCCCCCUGGCCUGGCUGAGACCCCCGGCUCCAAACCGGUGCCCGAGGGCCGCUGGCUUCCCAAACCUCCUCCCCUGACGUGCGCCCUGUCUGGGAGGCCGGCUCCUCCCCCUCCCCCGAACCCCCGGCCGGCCCCCUGCCCUUCCUCCGAACCCCCAGCCAAGGGCCCGGCCACCCCCCCGGACGGCGAGAUGUGGAUCAAGGCCGUGUUCACCACCGAGGCCCAGAAGGGGAAGGCCAACGGUGCCCACCGUCACCGCCACCGUCACCGGCGCUGGCCCCCGGCCCAGGAGGCGAGCGAGGAGGCCGUGGAAACAUCAGGCCCUCCUGGCCAGGCCGAGCCAGGCCCCCUGCUGCCUCCAGCUGGGCACCGGGAGGAGCAGCGCCGGCGACUCGAUCUGCGAGGGAAACACUCGAGCCGGGAGAGGAGCCGCAGGCGGAACCGGGGCGGCCGGUCCGGCAAGGGCAAGCAGAGGCGUAUCCUCGGCAACAUCGACUUGCAGAGCAAGGAGAUCCUGGCCCGCCACAAGCUCAAGGCCGAAGGGCCCAAGGGGGCGAAGGCCGCUCCCCCACCCCCGGCCCCUGAGGAGCCCGAACGGGCCGACGCUCGGAGGCCAGAGGUGGUGCCGCCGACGCCAAUGCCACCUCCUGCUGCCAAAGAGCCAGAGGCCGGGCCGAGGAGCACCUCCAACAUCCUGAGGGUCAAGCCUUUCCCUGAGGGCACCACCAAGGAGCUGAAGAUCAAGCUGGUCAAGGUGGAGAGCGGAGACCGAGAAACCUUCAUUGCCUCAGAGGUGGAGGAGAAGAGGAUUCGGCUAUCAGACCUCACCAUCGAAAACUCUGGAGCGGAAAUUAUCCGUGCCUGCAAGUCCACGAAGCUAAAGGGAAAGUUCAUGAGUUCGUGUGUGUUGCCAGCACACUCAGUGAAGCCAGGCUGCCUGACAGAGCAACAGGCCGUCCGUGAUAAACUCAACCCUCCGACGCCCAGCAUUUACUUAGAGAGCAAGCGAGAUGCAUUCUCACCUGUACUUCAGCAGUUCUGUACAGACCCGAAGACACCAAUCACUGUGAUAAGGGGCCUAGCUGGAUCUCUCCGUUUGAAUCUGGGCCUUUUCUCAACGAAGACCCUGGUGGAAGCCAAUGGGGAGCACACGGUGGAAGUCCGUACACAACUGCAACAGCCCUCAGAUGAGAACUGGGACCCUUCGGGAGGCAACCAGACCUGGCCGUGCGAGAGCAGCCGUUCCCACACCACCAUUGCCAAGUACGCCCAGUACCAGGCCUCGUCCUUCCAGGAGUCCCUGCAGGAAGACAAGGAGAGUGAUGAGGAUGACGGGGAGCCUGAGCCAGAGAAACGCACUGAAGUCCCGGAGACAGUCCACAGGAAUGGACAGAAGGUUCCACUGAAGGUCAUCAAGUUCGGGACCAACAUCGAUCUGUCGGACCCGAAACUCUGGAAGCCGCAGUUACAGGAGCUGCUGAAAUUACCAGCAUUCAUGCGCGUCUCGUCAAACGGGAACAUGUUGAGCCAUGUGGGACAUACCAUCUACGGCAUGAACACUGUGCAGCUCUAUAUGAAAGUUCCGGGUAGCCGAACUCCAGGCCACCAGGAGAAUAACAAUUUCUGUUCAGUGAAUAUUAACAUCGGUCCUGGGGACUGCGAGUGGUUUGCUGUACCAGAGGCUUACUGGGAAACCAUCAGUGAGUUUUGUGACAGGCACAAUGUCGACUAUCUGACAGGGUCAUGGUGGCCAGUCCUAGAUGACUUGUACGCAUCGAAGAUCCCCGUUUACCGCUUCAUUCAACGGCCGGGAGACCUGGUCUGGAUCAAUGCUGGUACGGUGCACUGGGUACAGGCAACCGGAUGGUGUAACAACAUCGCCUGGAACGUGGGCCCCCUCACUGCCUAUCAGUACCAGCUCGCUCUCGAACGAUACGAGUGGAACAAGGUGAAAAAAGUGAAGUCGAUUGUACCCAUGAUCCACGUCAGCUGGAACGCAGCUCGCACUGUUAAAAUCACCGACCCCGACCUGUACCGAAUGAUCAAGUACUGCCUGAUGACCUCCCUGAAGCAGUGUCAGCUCCUGCGGGAUUCACUGACGAACAGCGGCAAGAAGAUCAUCUUCCAGAGCCGGGUCAAGGAGGAGCCAGCGUAUUACUGCAAUGAGUGUGAGGUAGGAGUGAAACCCUGAGACCUGUACCCCGACCCGACCCGACCCGACCCGACCCGACCCGACAGACUCCCGUUCUGUGAAUAGGAUCCACAUCUACCGCGUGACAGAGCCCAACCUGCU